AUGGCCGUGAGCGACACCGGAGUCGCCGAUAUGGCCAGCUUGCAGACCCAUGCGGAAGCCUUCUUCGAGUCACUCUCACCCCAGGAGAAGGAACAGUACGAGGCAUCUAAGAUCGCGGGCGCCCUUUUGAAUGAAGUUGCCGAGUUCGAUGCCGAGCACUCAAAGACAUCGGGUCUGAGGAGCUGGUCUCAGAAAUUAGUCCCUUUUAUCGCUGCAGUCGAACAGUACGGCAAAUGCCUCGACGUUUUCGCCAACUCGAGUGACCUGCUGUGUCCGAUAUGGGGUGGUCUCCGGGUUGUUUUACACCUGGCCAAGGAGUUUAGCGAGUACUUCACCAAGAUCACGGCUAUGCUGGAAAGCAUCGGCGUGAUCCUCUCUAACAUCCCGCGAUACUCCCGGCUAUACCCCAACAAUGAAACACUGCGAGACUACAUGAUUAGUAUCUACCAGGUCAUCUUGGACUUCUGCCUCAAAGCCCGACACGUUUUCCGAAUCGGCAAAGCCCGUUCAUGCGCCGUCAAGUCCUUCAAGGCCGCCGUCAGCGUAUCCGCCGCCAUAAGACUGGCGUGGAAGCCGUUCGACAGCCAGUUCGGCGAGGUCAAGGAGCGGCUGGAGAAGCUGGUCGCAGCUGUGUCAGUGGAGGCAGACCUCGCCGAGCGGGAGCUGGUUAGGGGCAAUCAGCAGAAGAACCAAAGUCGGUGGGAUGCCGUGAUUGCUACUAAUGAGAAGCUUAAUGUCGUCUUGGACAACGACAGUAUACAGCAAGUCAAUAGACUGCUUGCGCCGGUGAACGUGGCUACGAGCCACAAGGCUAUCUCCAGCCUCCGAUAUGCGGACACAGGAACAUGGUUCCUUGACGCAGACAUCUUCCGGACGUGGCUGAAUCAACAGAACUCCUUUCUCUGGUUGCACGCCAUCCCGGGUGCGGGCAAGACCGUCCUCGUAUCCACCGUCAUCAACUAUCUUCAGGCCAAUGUUCAGAACCAGCACACCGGUCUGGCUUACUUCUACUGCGACUACAAAGAAACGCAAAAGCAAGACAUAUCCCGCAUCCUGGCGACUGUCAUCGCCGAGCUCGCGAAGCAGAGCGAGCAGGUCUUUCAAAAUGUCCAGGCCUUCAUCCAGGAGAAUUACCAGGAUCUCUCCGCUGUGACUGCGGACUUUGACCUACUUCUCUCUAACUUCCAGGACUUCGUAGGAGACAGUUUCCAGACUAUCAUUCUUGUCAUCGAUGGUUUAGAUGAGGUUUCUUCGUCAGAGUGGGCGUGCAUCACGCAUGCUCUGCUGACCCUGCGGCAUAAGUGCCAGAUGCUGAAGAUCAUGGUCUCCAGCCGCAAUGAGCUACCGAUUGCGAGGGCCUUCGAAGACCUGCCCAGCUACCACAUCAUGGAAGCGGAUGUGGCCGCUGACAUCAAGAGCUACAUUGUUGGUGAAGUAACGGAGAGCGUCAAGCGUCGCAAGCUUAAGCUUAGAGAACCUGGUCUCCAAAACCUAAUCCAGGAUACUCUGUCUAGAGACGCAAACGGCAUGUUCCAAUGGGUCACUUGCCAGAUCAAUGCCCUCUGCAAGCUGAGGAAUGACAAGGCCAUUCGUGCGGCACUUAUGAACCUCCCACGGACGCUGCAGGCGACGUACUUCCGCAUCUUGGAUCGUAUUGAGCAAGAUUUCCCGGAUGAUGUUCACAUCGUACGACGGAUCUUGUGCUGGCUGGUCCGAGGCGUGCGGACGAUGACGUUGAGCGAGUUGGCCGAGGCCAUUUCCAUCGAUGUGGACGGCGAAGAAACCAGCAUGGACUUUGAUGCCGUUGAUAAUGACCCUCAGGAUAUCCUAGAGGUGCUGAGUGGUCUCGUGACUGUCUCCGCGGACGCUUACAUAACGCUCUCUCACUUGUCCGUCAAAGAGUUCUUAGUUUCCGACAACGUCAAACAAAACAAGCCCAAGUUCUGGGUUGGACACGCAGAUGUCGAAUCAGAGUUGGCCUCGGUGUGCCUCAAAUAUCUCUGUUACGAAGACUUCGCCUCGGCUAGUCAAGAUGAAGACGAACCAGAAUUUGGAGAGGGAAAAGAAGACACGGAUGGGUCAACCACGUACGCAUUUCUCUCGUACUCUGCCUACAGUUGGGCGAUCCAUGCCGCGCGCAGCGAGCAGAUGGGAAACGAGCCUUCCAAUAACGGAGUAGUGGACUUGACCAUGCAGUUCUUCCACCUGGAGGCAAACUAUGGCUCAUGGCUCACAACUUGUCGUCGGCACAAGCUACACGGAAGACUCGUGCGGAAGAAACCUUGGCCUCUGCUUCUUGCGGCUAGCUUUGGUCUCACUGCCUCUGCUAAGCUACUGCUGGAGGAUGACGCUGAAAGUGGCAUGGAGGAUGGCAUUUGGUGCUGCCUUAGAGCUGCUGCUUCGGCUGGCCAUGCAAGCAUAGUGGCUCUGCUUCUCGACCACUCGGGCUCGGAUGCCCAGAAACUUGCAGAAUUUGAAGAGAACGAGGGUGGUCUCCCGCUCAUCAAGCUUACUGAGGCUUUGUAUCUUGCGGCAGCUCGUGGCCACGACAGUGUUGUCAGUACUCUCCUCGACUAUGGGGCUAACAUCAACGCUAUCGCGGGCAAAGAAGGCACUGCCCUCCAAGUGGCAGCGUUGGAAGGUCGCUACGGAACGGUGAAGCUGCUCCUGGAUCGUGGGGCCUCGCACGGAAUCCGUUCAAAGAGAUAUGGCACGCCUUUGGCGGCCGCAGCUGAGAAGGGUCACGAGCGAACAGUGGCUGUACUCAUGACACAUGGGGCGGACCCGAAUGGACGCGGAGGGUGGUACUCGCUGCCUCUCGUGUCGGCCAUCGUGGGAAAGAAUGCUGGGGUAAUGACAUGCCUCGUUAAAAACGGCGCCAAUGUCAAUGCCCGAGGCGGACGGCUGGGAUGCCCUCUCAUGGCUGCUGCAUCCUUGGCCAUGGACGACAUCGUCAAGGAGUUGGUCAACCAAGGUGCACACGUCAACGACGACGACGACAGGUCUAGUGAUGCUCUGUACUCGGCUGCUCUCGCUGGUCACUCCAGCACCAGUAAGACCCUGCUGGACCUUGGCGCGGACGUGAAUGCCCUCGGGGGAAAGCACCAAAACGCCCUGGGAGCGGCCAGCUGGGAGGGCCACGCCGAUGUGGUUAGGAUACUACUCGAUGCAGGCGCAGAUGUGGACUUCUGUGAUGCGGAAAAGGGGAAUGCCUUGCAACUUGCGGCAGCUCGAGGACACUUGAACAUCACGCAGAUGCUUGUCAAGGCUGGCAUGGAUCCAUUGGCGAAUACAUCAAACAAAGGUGCCUCACUGUGCUCGGCAGCGACCUCUGGACACCUCGCAGUUGUCGAGUAUCUUUGGGGCCUCGACCUCGACCUUGACAGCCAGGGAGAGGAUACCAGGACCCUCGUAGCGGCAGCUUUCGGCAAUCAUGAGGAGAUAGUUCGCUUCGUCGCUGGGCGCAUGCCCGACACACUAGAUUGGUAUAUUCCGUCGGAACACGAAGGACGGAAAACCCCUGAAGCCUGCACUGCUCUUGAAGCCGCUGCCUCCAAGGGAUAUCUUGGAGUUGUCAAUAUACUGCUUGAUGCAGGUGAUAAGUCAUUCAACAAUACAUACGACGAGUGGUAUGGAACAGCGCUGAUUGCAUCCAUCGACACCGAUCAUCGAUCAAUCGAUGUCGUCCGCCGACUACUAAAUGCUGGGGCGGACCCGAAUCAGGCUGCGGAAUUCGGGAGCCCUUGCUUCGGGCUUCCACUCGCGCGCGCAGCCUUCCGGAACGAUAAGCAGGUUGUCGAGCUGCUGCUUGAGCGUGGCGCCGAGCUCAAUAAAACGUUCGAAAACUCAGCCACCGCGAUUCAAAUGUCUGCGAUGCACGCCGAUGCGGAAGUCCUUGAAUUGCUUAUUGGGCGCGGCGCAGACAUCAACCUGGUUCCGUCAGCUCAGGACCUGUAUGACACAAUAUCGGACAAGGAUGGCCUGAAAGAUGGCCCUGUAUCGGCUCUCCAGACAGCCAUCUGGCAUGGCCACGAACACGUCACGCAAAAAUUGCUUGAUCUCGGCGCCGAAACUUCUGUGACAGUGGAGGAUCCUGUGUUCCAAUCGGCGCUGCAAGUCGCAGCGUACCGAGGACAUUUGUCCAUCAUGAAAAUGCUUCUCAAGAAGGGCGUGGAUGUUAACGAGAAGGGUGGCUAUCUGGGUACUGCUCUGCAAGCUGCCGCGAGCCAGGACCAUGAGCCGGCAAUCCGUCUAUUGCUUGAAGCUGGAGCUGAUGCUACCGAGCAUGGUUGUGGCUGGUAUUGCACCCCCCUCCUCGCCAUCUCUGGUGGCAGCUUGAUUCCGAAACAGGUUCGAGUAAUGGAUCUGCUGUUCGAUUACGGUCUCGAUGUCAACAUGAGACUCAAACCAGAGCAUACGGGAUUGGUGUAUCUACUGCAUCAUGCUGUGUUCCAGCAAAGCGACGACCAAGACUUCAAGUUCGCCGAGUAUCUUCUUGAUAAGGGAGCCGAUGUCAACGCUUGCGGUGGGAAGGGUGGUACCGCUUUGCAGAUAGCGUCUUUGCAAGGACAUGAUGACACGGUCAGAUUUCUCCUGAGUCGAGGGGCCGACCCAAACCUGACAGGCGGCAAGUAUCACACUCCUCUGCAGGCAGCGUAUAGGCGUGGCUACUACGUUGUGCUCAAUGUGCUCUACGCGCACGGUGCUCUCAAUACGAUAAUGGGAGGCCACGGAGGUAGUCCCAUGGGUGCUGGCAUCGGGUGUUACGACGAGGACGACAAGGACGACGACGGCGACGCCAGGUUUAUGGGUUGUUGUCAGACCCUCAUUCAUCAGCUGUUGGUGUAUCGCAACUUUGACGUCAACUCACAGUAUGGAUGCUGGGGAAAUGCCCUCCAGAAUUACAUCAUGGUUGAAAGAGAUGACGUGGAUUUGGAAUACUUCUUGGAUGCAGGUGCUGAUGUGAACCGUCUUGGCGGAGUAAUGGGUACGGCAUUGUGCGCCGCUGCAUACACGGGCAACAUGGUGGCCCUAAAUCGCCUUAUUGAAAAGGGAGCAGAAGUCGGUAUAGGGAAUCAGACUUAUCCUAACCCUGCCUUUGGAGCCAUCAAAGCUGGUCAGCAAAAGGCCCUGGACAUUCUCCUUGCCAGGGGCGCAGAUGUCAAGUCGGUCGCAGGACCGUACGGCUAUGCUUUGCAGCUCGCAGCUGCAGAAGCAGGAGGAAACCUCGGCAUCGUUAGAGCUGUGCUUCGUUCUGGCGCCCCGGUGAAUGCUCCUUCGGCGGGCAGAUACGGAUCUGCUUUGUGCGCAGCUGCAGCAAGGGGCGACGAACUUGCUGUGCGCUUCCUGAUCAACCGCGGUGCAGAUGUUCUUACACAAGGGGGAAUUUACGGCAAUGCUCUGCAGGCAGCAUGCUUGAGGCCUGGCACGAAUAUCGCGGAAUUGCUUCUGCGGAAGGGAGCGAGAGUCAAUGAGCGAGGCGGCCGUUUCGGAUCACCUCUGCAGGCUGCCGCGGCGGCGGGGAACACCCUGAAUGUACUUCUUCUACUCCGACACGGAGCCGAUAUCAACUUCCAAGGAGGAAAGUACGGUACAGCACUGCAAGCCGCAUGCGUUUCGGGCAAGCUGAUGCUUGUGAAGCUGCUCGUUGAACGCGGCGCGCGUCUAGAUUUGUCCGGUGGGCACUACGGGACGCCACUCUUAGCAGCCACGAUACUUGAUCAUGAGGAUAUCACGCGGUAUCUUCUUCAGGAACGGGACGAUUGGGGACCAUUGGAACGCAAGGGCACCCUUGCCCUGAGCGACUACGAUGCCGCUGUGGAACUGCUCGAAAAAACCAGGGCGGAGCUGAAGGAUCCGCCUGAAGCUGAUGAGUCCGAUGACGAGGUCGCAGACUCCGAGCAAGACUUCUUGCCCAUGAACGUGGAAGCUAUACCAGGAAGCGGCGAGCCAAAGCUGUCGAAAUGGGCCGCUGUCCGUGGGAUGAGUCUUCACAGCAUUCGCCAGCAGUUGGUCAGGGUGGAAUCCAUGGAGAUUGAGGACCUUGACGACCGAUCCGAAGAUAUAUGUGGCCGGGUGGGUGACGGGACUCUUUCUGAUGAUAUAGGUGUAGUCGCGGAUGCUGUCAUCGGGGGAGCCAACGCACGGGCAAAGACGAGCUCAGAUGUGGUGACCGUGACUUCAACAGCCGAGUAUAACGAGAGGCUUUGGCAGCAUCUCACGACUUUGGAAGCAUACGAUAUGUCCUAG